ACAGGAACUACUGUUCACUUCCGGCGUCCAGAUAAAUGUUCCCCUAAGGUCUGUGUAGUCAGUUCCGCUGCUUGAGUUCUAGCACGGGCAAUGUCCCUAAUACUAAGGAACGCACAGCGCGCAGUACCUCUCCGCAGGGCCCCUUUGCGCUUCAGUCUGGACAUUGCACGGAGCUGCCUGAAAGUGAGGAAUUUUGACCUUGGUAUUAUCUGUGUUAGCAACGCCAGGAUCCGACACAUCAACAGAGUUUAUCGAGGACAGGACUCUGUCACAGAUGUACUGUCAUUCCCAUUUCAUGAGGAUCUGAAUCCCAGUUUGUUACCCAUCCCUGCCUCUUCAGAUGAAUACAAUUUAGGGGACAUUUACCUUGGAGUUGAAUUUAUUUACCAACAGUGCCAGAAAACACAAGAAGAUUACAGCAGCAUCCUUACAGUAAGCCAUGCAGGAAUAUGUGCAGUCCAUGGUCUCUGCCACCUUCUAGGGCACCAACACAAUAACCCAGAACAGUGGAAACAGCAGAUGCUUGAAAAGGAAACUGAGAUUCUAAAGGAGAUAAACAGAGUUACCGGAUCCAAACUGACACCGCUUUCAACCAACCAUUACUAACAUUCUGCUUCGUCCUGUUUACAUCUUGCAAUGCAGUUAUUUACACAGUGCUCCUUGCCACUUCAUAUGGUGUUCUCAGAAUUUAUACUUUUCAAAAUUAAGGGAUCAGUUUAAACCACAGAAUAACAUGCAGAUUUAUGGGCCUCUAUGAUGAGCUUACUUAAACCUUGCAGAAGAGAUUUAAGAAUGACUAAACUUUACUAUAUCACUAUAUUAAAUAUAUCUUGCUUGAUUGGCACCAGCACAUAUGUAAUGCUGUUUACCUCCUGCAAUUUCUUUUGAAUAUCAAGUUUUUGGCAGAGGAUUUGGACAUGAACCACCAGUGUGCUGCUCAGGGACUGACUUUCUGUUGUUAGCACAUGAGCUUCACUGGAGAAGUCUUCUGUGUUUAUUGCCUAUGCAAAGAUGACUGAAAAUGGGAAACCACUACCACUGGUUUCCCAUUUUCAGUCAUCUGCAAAUAUUAACACUAACCUAUACUAUUUACAGUGUCAUUAAUAAAAGGAUUGGUAAGGACUAGGCCAACACUGAUCAAUGUGACACUCCAUGUGACCUCAGAAGUUUUUAUCCCACAGUGUGUUAAAAUUGCCUUUGUUACCAUUCCUGACCCUUUUUCCUACAGAUAGAAAUUGCACAGCAUUCAUAUUGCUUGAAAGACAUAACUGAUACUUACUGCAACUUUUCAAUUGCUCUUCAUUUUUUUUUUCUUUUUAAUAGUUUUUAAUUAUGUGCCUUCUUUUUCUGACUCUUUUCAACUUUUAAAUGGGGGUCACUGACCCCAGCAGCUGGAAAUUUUUUUUAUAAAUUAUUUAUUUUUUAUAAAUUAUUUUUAUAUAUAUAUAUAUAUAUCAGUCUCUCAUUCAAAUGACUCCCUGGUUGCUAAGCUAAGCAGAACCGUACCAACCAGACAACUGCUGAAAUUCGAAACUGGAGAGUUGCUGAACAAAAAGUGAAAUCAUUUGAGAACCACAAAAUGUUUCAGAAGAUUACUCUCUGCAUCAUGCUAAAAUUUAACUUAAAGGUAAACAACCCCUUUAAUUUUGUAAAAUAAUGAAAUGUAAGUACAAGAAGCUUCAAGCUUCUUACUGGAGUUACAUUUCUAGUACCUGUAUCUGAAUAGUGUGCACAAGGCCCUAAAGAGGGGUUUCAAUUAAAAGCACAUAAUAAAUUAUAUCGACACAACAAAUGUAUUUGUUAUAUUUUAUUAUAUAAUAAUAAUAAGACAAAAACAAAUGUAAUGAACUUGAUACAAAGGAUUGUAGACAGGGAUUGCUGGGGUCAUAGCUGCAUCCUGCCACAGGGACCUGAUUGGGCCAUAUGAGCUAAAAAAAAAAAAAAA